AUGUUGACGAAAUUGACGAUCCGCCUUCGCGAGUUUUUCUAUCCUGUGGGAAAUACCCCAGCUGUUAACCUGCUCCGCGAUGUGCCUGAGCCCAGGUCUAAGCCUGAGCAGCAAUGCGAGUUGAAGCUCCUGCUUCUUGCCUGUGGAGACCCACGCAGCAUUCUAUUCUCACUCUACUCGACCAACUUGAAAGCACCAAGUCGCAAUGAGUUCUCCCGCGUCGUUUGGAACAUGUUCUACCACAUGUUUAUCCCCGAAGAAGAUCUCUUUUUCAUCCAGCAUCAAGCCCAAAAGCUUUCAGACCUCGCUACUUGCAUGGAUACUUGGUCGUCUUCGGUCUACGGCGCGUGGGCACGAUUCAUGGACGAGGAUACCCGUGUCCGAGUUCGCGACAUAUGGCUUCAGUAUGCCAACACCGCAUCAUUCACGAAGCAGCAGAAGCGAAACUUUGAGAAACGAGGACGCAACGCAAUCUCAAAGAUCUAUGACACCAGGGUUCGGGAUCACGGACUUGUCAUAAGCGGGAUACGGUCGGCGGGCCCUCAUGCAACCCGGUCAGCCAGCGCAAUGUCAACGGCGUUCAGAAAAUACUGGGCGACUGGAGUAGUCGGCGGAAACAAAGAGGAUGUCGAAGGCUUGGAGCCUGGUGGAAGAGGGCGCAUGAAUCCGCUGUUUGCGAUAUCGUCUGCGUCGAAUGGGGAUUUCGCCGUCCACUACGGAACCGAUCCUCUCCAAGGGUUCCAUUUGGCACAGGCCUUCGACAUCCCCGACGGUUUGGAUGAGAUUGAGCGGACUGGCUGA